AUCAAAUUGAUAAUCAAUUAUAAUGUUUCAUAUAAAUACCAGGCAAUUUAAAAAAGGGACAUAAACAGUUCUCUGCUGUAACACACAAACAUGUUUUCCAAAAUAGCUAUUAUUUUUGUGAUACUUUUUCAAGUCAUAAAUGGACAUCCUCUUGAGUCAGCGCAGCCUCAGUAUGAUUUUAAGAACUUAUUGACAUCUCGUAUAGUGGGAGGGCAAGACGCUCCCGAAGGUUACGGGAAGUACAUGGUAGCGCUCGUAGCUGGAUAUUACAUGAAGACAUUAGUAUGCGGCGGUUCCAUCAUCAGUGAACAAUAUGUCUUGAGCGCAGCUCACUGUAUCGAACCCUUUGUCUACUGGGGAGAGUUAUUGUCGAGCUUCAAGGGAGUAAUCGGAUCGCACUACUGGAAUUCGUCACAAUAUAUAAAGUUUUCUCAUUUCGACAUCCAUCCGAAUUGGGACUGGGCCACCUUGAAAAACGAUAUUGGCGUUGUUAAAACUACUAAGAAGAUGGUGUUCAGUAAUCGUGUUGGUUACAUAGCUCUGAAUAGACGGUGGAUACCAGGUGGGGAACAGGGCUUCGUCACGGGGUGGGGCCGUGUUGAGGCCUGGGGUGAUAUCCCGUGCCAUUUGCAAAUGUUACACGCGACCACGAUCUCUGGUAAACAAUGUAUCGCGGCGUGGAAGAAGGUCUCCCUCAUCGUUGGAACAACACCUCCGGUCCACCCCGACGUUGAAAUAUGUACGCUCCACUCCGCUGGCCAGGGCAUGUGUAAUGGUGACUCUGGCAGCCCCCUGGUGAUGUCAGAUUUGCGACAAAGUGACUCUGGCAGUCCCCUGGGGACGUUAAAGUUGCAACAAGUGGGUAUCGUGUCGUGGGGUCUGGCCUGCGCGCAUGGAGUUCCAGACGUAUACACUAGGAUAAGUGCCUAUACACACUACCUGGCGAAGUACCUUUGAAUACAACUUGAAGAAUAUCACAAUUACUGCUGAAUGAACUGUCACCGGAUUAGUUUUAAUAGUAACAAGAUUUGAGAAAUUGUUCGAAAACAAAUAAGACCUUAGUUCUUGUUGUUUAAGGAAA